UCCAUGCAAUGAACUCUGUGGUGGUGCUCAUGUGUUUAGUAAAAUAUUACCGCUUUGUUUUUUCGUUUUUCGUUUAGUUUUCUCUUUUGAGAAAAUAUUAUUGUUUCCUUCGUAUUAGAAAAUGACAGCAGAGAACGAAAGGGAAAUAUAUCAUAAAUUAGAAGCCAUGAAAGAAAUCAGGAACAAAACUAUAACACUGGAGCGCCUGAAGCGCAGCAUCCUCAACGAGGUGCGCAGCGGCGACCAGGAGGGGCGCUGCCUGGCGCAGUACAAGCGGGAGAUGGAGCUGCUGCAGCAGGAGAAGAUGAGCCACGUGGAGGAACUGCGCCAGAUACACGCUGAUAUCAAUGCUAUGGAGACAGUUAUAAAGCAGACGGAAGAGAGCAUGUCACGCAAGUUGUCCAACGCUUCGCGACUGCACGAGGACUACCGUCCGCUGAAGACGGAGGUGGACCUGCUGAGGAGGCAGUGCCUCGGCCUCGACCGCCUGCCGGACCUGCACGAGGAGGAGGGCAGCCCCAUCACGCCCGAGUGAGUAUACCAUCAACCAGCGCAGCUGUUGGGUACUGUAG